ACCUGCGUAACAUGUAGAAUGUGACAAUGUUAGAUAAAAACUUCAAAAUAUUGAUGUUAAAGGCAUAAAAGUGAACCAAGAAAAUGAAAAUGAAAUUUUAAAAAUGAACCCUUAAAAUUUACGUGAAAAAUGGAGACACGUAAUUUAAUUAAACUACGCCAAACAACUACUGGAGUUCAGAUCAGAAAACGAAGAGAAAUGAGAAAUAAAAACAGAAAUUCCGCUGAUAUUGAGCUUAUUACAGGAGAUGGAAGGUUUCGGAGAGCCCAGAGUUCAGAAUGGGAUUCAAGGCAUGAGGAUUUCCAUACCGGGGUGUCAAGUCGGAGCUGUAUGCAGACUUUAGAUAAAAGGAUUUCUGCCAGCAUUGAUCAACUUGAUACACUCAGAGAACGGCGUGAGGCUCCACGAUUUCGCUCUAGUCAUAAAAUAUUCAGGGAGGAGACUGAUAUAAAUCAAAACGAUGUCGUCUUCAAAUAUAAAGGAGAAAAUUACUCGAAAAAUCAAUAUUUUUUCGGAGACUCCAAGAAGCAGGAAAAGGAGACUCGAAAAACCCCCUUUGAGAUGUUUUUGGAGGACGAUGGACCUUAUUCUAGGAAACUUUUUGGACCUGUACCCUCUUCAGUACCAAACCUUAGUGUUAGUCAUACUAAAGGGGUAAGGAAAGUAAAGAAUGAGGGGGGAAAGGAAGUGAGAGAAAGGUAA